AUGACCGAGGAGUCGUACGAGAAGUUCCUGGCCCCCGAGGAGCCGUGGCCCCUGCUCUUGCACCAGCACCUGCCGCGGGGCGGCAGCUUGAGCCUGAGCGAGGAGGGUUGCCUGGACGUCAGCGAUUUCGGCUGCCAGCUCUCCUCCUGCCACCGCACCGACCCUCUGCACCGCUUCCACUCCAACAGGUGGAACUUGACAUCUUGUGGGACGAGCGUGGCCAGCUCGGAGUGCAGCGAAGAGCUAUUCUCAUCAGUGUCAGUGGGGGAUCAGGAUGAUUGUUACUCUCUGCUGGAUGACCAGGAGUUCACCUCUUUUGAUCUGUUCCCCGAGGGUAGUGUCUGCAGUGAUGUCUCCUCUUCUAUUAGCACAUACUGGGAUUGGUCAGACAGUGAGUUUGAAUGGCAGUUGCCUGGCAGCGACAUUACAAGUGGGAGUGAUGUGCUUUCGGAUGUUAUAUCAAGUAUUCCAAGCUCUCCCUGUCUGCUUCCCAAAAAGAAAAACAAGCAUAGGAAUCUUGAUGAACUUCCAUGGAGUGCAAUGACAAAUGAUGAACAGGUUGAAUAUAUUGAAUAUUUGAGUCGCAAAGUCAGUAUAGAGAUGGGCCUUCGAGAGCAACUUGAUAUUAUUAAAAUUAUUGAUCCUACUGCUCAGAUCUCACCUACAGAUAGUGAAUUCAUUAUUGAAUUGAACUGUCUCACAGAUGAAAAACUGAAACAGGUGAGAAACUAUAUCAAGGAACAUGGACUUCGCAUGCGGUCUGCAAGGGAGAGCUGGAAGAGGAGCAGCUACAGCUGUGCGAGUACCAGUGGUAUGAGUGGUGCCACUGUCAGCAGCAGCAGUGCCAGCGUGGUCAGCUCAGCAAGCAGCAGUGGCUCCAGCGUUGCCAACUCUGCUUCAAACUCCAGUGCCAACGUGAGUCGAGCGCACAGCGACAGUAAUUUGUCUACAAGUGCUGCCGAAAGAAUCCGAGAUUCAAAAAAACGUUCCAAGCAACGGAAACUCCAGCAAAAGGCCAUACGGAAGAGACAACUGAAAGAACAAAGACAAGCUCGUAAGGAAAGACUGAGUGGAUUAUUUCUUAACGAAGAAGUGCUGUCUUUAAAAGUGACUGAGGAGGACCAUGAAGGAGAUGUGGAUGUUUUAAUGUGACAGGGGUGAAUUUAUCAGUUCUUUCUAAGCCUUAAAUGUAUUAUCCUUAUUGUUUACAUAUAUUUCUUGACAAAAUUUUGAUUAGUAUUCACAAUACAAACCAGAUCUUUUCUCAAGUAUAAUUUUGCUAAUAAGGUCUAAGUAUUGAGUAACCAGCUUUUUGAUACUAAUUUUGCAACAAAGAAUUCAGAAACUUAUCUGUCUUCUGAAAAGCUGCUGAAUAGAUAUGAUUUUAAGGAAAUUUGAACUUAGCUAACAUGCUAACCUACUUGCAUGUAAGUCUAGGGGUGCUUUUGGAUGACACACAGCAUGCAUUACUAUCCUUCAGCUUUUUCCGUUUUUUUUCCAACUUAGAGUUAGUAUUACACUUGACUUUUUCUGUCUUCUUUUCCCAUUAUUAGGAAGAUUGUUUAGCAUGAGGAAAAAUCUUUUGCUCUAUGGGUCUUUCUUCAACCUUGCUCUUGAUUUGUACAAAAUCAAAUUGCUGUUGAUUCUUUUCUAAAAGUUGUGAUUUAACUCAAACUACACAGAAAACAAGAAGCAGGACAUUUAAUGCAUAGAAUCUGUAAUACGAAUACUGCCUAAUAUAGUGCUUAGGAACCAACUAAAAUUUAAAAUACCCCCUCAAAAUAAUUGCAGGCUUAGUCUUCAGAAGGUUAUUUUGCUGCUCAGUAUCUUACGAUUGUUACUAAUGGUUCACCAGUACAUCCCUAGUAUUUCUGUGAAAGCAUUUAAAUAAAAACACAUUUAUGCAUUGAAAAUACACUAAUCUGCAAUUAAGUUGUCUAGGACACUACUUAAAAUAGUUAAAAACACUACUGGAAACCAAAGUGCAAACAAGUGGUGUUGCAGUUUGUUCAAGUUUUAAAGUUGCUGAACGGUUCUGUACCCUUUGUUUGGUCUGAGUCUGGGGUUCUGUCUCAAAAGCUGUUUACUCCCCCAGAGCUGUCAGUUACCCAGACCUCGGUACUUUUUCCUGAAGAUUCUAAGCCAAUCUUUCCCCAAACCAAUUUUCAUUCAUCUGUAUAAUUUGUUUUCCUUUCACUGGUUCCCUAUUAGUCCCAAAAACCUUUGUUUACCUUCUUCGCUUCCCCGCGAUUGGACGGAAGACAUUGCUCGCCCAAACCCCUCUGUAUAUAUCUUGUUGUGCCCGGCACUCAUGGUCUGUCUGCCGCCGGCAAUUCGGGAAAUAAACUCUCUGGAUUCAAGGCAAGAGAUCUCCCUUUCAUACCCUUGCCUCUGCCUGCGCCGAAGAAAGAUAUUUGAGCCGCUGAGCCAAAAAGCUCAGAGACGCCCGCCCACAGCUCAGCUCGGGAGGAGGCGUCCCACACAAUAUCGCCUGUGCCGAAAAUCAGAGCUAGCACGGAGUUUCUGGCCCUGGCGAUAAAGUGGCACACAACUUCAGUGGUUUUCUUCCCUAGAAGCAUAUCUAAAUAGAUUCAUAUUGUUGACAGGAGAACUUAAUGCAGCUGUACUUUUUAAAUUGUAUAUUUAGCUGAGAUUGUCUUCUGUGUGGGUCGUUACACCAUUACAUGUAUCAGAAUUCUUUUGUUGUCUAUCAGCUUUUGAAAUUUCUCAUGAUAAGAAAAUAAGGUAAAAUUGUGGCUUUCAGGUAGGGAAGUAGUAGUAGUUUCAACCUUUUUCUUAAUUCUGACAAUCUUUAAGCUGAUUUUAGUCUUUAUCUUGGAAAAAUUUUUAUAGAACUCCUCCCCCCCACGGCUGGGAUAAAAAUGAUAGUUCUAAAUUUUAAUGUGAAAUUUAAAAGUUUAUAAAAGUGUUUUUGAGUUCUGAGUUUAGGAAAUAAUUUUUAAUUAUGUUGAUGCUUCAUUACUUUAAUUUUGCUCUUGAAUUAAGGAGUUUGCCAGUUUAGUGUGGCCACGGAUGUCUGUAAUUGCAGGCUAUAACCCAAUCCUGCAAAAUGCAUGAUCAGUUUUAGGACUACUGACAUUAAUGUUCCAUGUCCUGCACAGACUUACUAGCCCUGAUGGCUGAAGUAUUUUUCUUUCAGAAGUGGCAUUCCUUUUAGCCUCAGAAUAAACUGACCAGUAAAUUAUCUGAACAAUGGCCUCUGAGAGGGUUUUGAUAAGAAAUAAAUGAGGUCCAUAAUCAAACGAAUAUGUUUGAACUUAGUGCUGCUCUACAACAGGUCCCUAGGCUUGACCACUGACUGACUAAAAGCCAGGUAAUGUCAUUUUAAGCUCAUGUUAGCUAUCCCAUAUGGCCAGUUAUUUGUCCACUAACCACAAGUGUCUGUGACCUGUCAGUAUUUGCUUGUACUGCGCUGUUGCUGGUUGAUGCAUCCCUCCUGUAUAAUGAAUACUGAAAUCUUUUUAACACUAUACACUUUACUGAAAAUUUAGACUGGCUUAAAUCUGGAGCUUCUUUUAAAUAUCUUGUAUGAAAGAUAAAAUUUAAUUGCUAUCAAUUUGGCGAAUUUCAGGGUGUGGUUGUUAAACUCUUCCAUGGUAAUGGAACAAUUCAUCAUGAAAUACUUCACCAUGUGUACACUGUCACAGGUCAGUACAACCUUUAUUUUCUGCAGUGACUUUGAAAUGUGAUUGAAUUUUUGUUCUGAAGAAAAAUGCACAAUUUGUACUGUAGAGAAUUGAAACUCUGAAGUGAAUUGUAAGAAAGGUGCAAUAUCUCAGUGUGGAGCAUGAAAGUGUGUCACUUUAUUCUGUUUCAGCAGUUAUUCAGAAUUUAAAAUGCCUCAGGAUUUUGUUGAGAGAAGACCCCAUCAUUUUGAUGAGGUGCAAUUCAUUCUGGUCACCUGUCUACUAGCUUCCAGAGAUCAUGAAGUGAGGGAGGCUAGUAUUUCUAUCAUAGUGUGAAGAUGUAAGUAUAAAUUAUUCUAAGUGAUUAGAUGGGUCCAGUUGCUCAUCUGUUACAUUGGACAAAAAGGUCCUGGGUGCCAGAAUAGCUGAUUGUGCUGUGUUGUCUCCAGCAGGUACUUCAGUCAUGUGUUGUGACACUUAAAAUAGAAGAGAGUGGAUUUCCAGGGAUUCCAUGCUAAUAAUUUAUAGUUCUGUGAUCUCGUAGAUCCAGGAUGCUCCUAAAAAUACAAAGAAUAUAAAACUGUGAACAUUCUGGUAAGAAUGCAGAAUAACAUCUUGCUUACCUUUAAUGUUCUUUGCCAAGUAAUCAGAUAUAAUGUUGUCUUUUCCUGAUCUCAGAGAAUCAGGCCUGAAGUGACUGUGGGAUUCAAGAGUUCUCACAUACUUCUACACAUUUGGGUUUCUUUUCCUUUUGCUUUCUCAGCCUCUGUAGUUCCAGUGACACUCAUUUUGUGGUGGGGGAAGUUUUUUUGUUAGAUUCAUGUUUUUCCUUGCAGCACGCUCAAUGCUUACUCAGGAAGACCCCAUUCAUGGCAGUUUUAAAAGACAUGUAAAUGUGGCACUUAGAGACACGGUUUAGUGGUGGGCUUGGCAGUGUUAGAUUUAGGGUUGGAGUUGAUGAUCUUAAAAGGACUUUUCCAAUAUAAAUCUAUGAAUUUUUGUGAAAUACCCAUGGUAUUAGUGAAACAGUUGGAAUGUCAGUGAAAUCUGGUCUUGCUGAUUUAAAUUUGGCCAUUGGUUUAAGUUAAGUUUCUAGCCACAGGUGUAACUACUGGGUUUUGAUGAAGAAGAGUAACAGACCGCUAAAAUAAUGCAUCCUUAUUGUGUUUUUUUCUUAAAAAAAUAAAUCAAAUCCCUGCUUUUUAUUAAUAGAGGAAAAAAUGUCAAGCUUAAAAGGAACACAGAGACACAGGAAAAAGCUCAUAGUUACAUGGCUUCAUGGUAUCGAAACUGUCUGUAGGAACUUUGUACCCACUACAAUGUGAAUAUAAUCGAUUUACACUCUGUAACAAUAAGAUUGCUUCCAUGGUAACUUUUUCUUUAAAACAGCUUAGAAGGAGCACUGAAAGUCUGAUUGCAAUAGGACUAAACAAGAGAGAACAUUAUUUUCUAAUAUGAUUUUAAAUAUGACAAAAAAAGCUGCCUGACAAACUUGGCUGAUUUCUGUGUAUCUAAUGUAAUCUUUUGUUAAAAUACCUAUUUUUUUUUUUUUUUUUUUUUAAUCUGGGAAGCUGAUAAAAAGAUGGUUACAAUAUGCUCAGUAUGGGGCGCUUACUUGGAAGAGCAGGAAAAGUCUUUGCAAGACUUUCCAGGGCUCAAAUUUUAGGUCUUAUAUUGUCGUUUGAAACCUGUGAAGAUCAUUCUCUGGGGGAGAAAACAAACCAACCAACCUGCUUGAACUUACAUGCAUUUACAUCAGAGUGCAUAUACAAUACAGAAAGAUAAAAAUGGCAAUAUUUACUGUUCAUCUACGCUGAAUGGCCUGAAGCCAUUUCUUUUCUCCUAACACUCUCAACUUUGAAAUCAGUUGAUGCAUUGGUCUAUAAAUAUUAAUAAACCUGACUGUUUUGGGAGCUUUUAAAGUUCAUUCAUAUAAGCCAGAUUUUCAUGGCAAAUGUUAGAUUUAUUGGUCUAAUGUUCUUAAGCUUACUGAUCUUGCAAUUCUUGGGCACAGAAAAGUCAACAGUUGUCCAUUUAAGGAUUGCAAAGACUAGUUUAUUAAUCUAUCAAGGGCAAAUCUAAGUAAUAUUCAAAGUUUGUCUAUUUUGACUGUUAACUCUGAUGAAUCAUAUUUGCAUUCUCUCUCAUCUGGCUAACUUUAAAACAUUUCCAAAUGACAAAUAAAUUCUUCAAUGUAAAAAAAACCCAAUUGUAAUAUUGAAGCCUUGAAUAUAGUUAAUAACCAAAGCAAGGGGAAGGUGGGGAGGUUGAUUUUUUUUUUUUUCCUUUUUGUAGGGGGGAGAGAUGAGGGUAUAGAUAAGACUAUAUGAUAUUGCUUAAACUGAGGAUUUUUUUCCCCAGGUUCUCUGCUAAUUGUAUUGCUAAAAUGCACUUUUGUAUAGAAAACCGUUCUCUGUACAUUCUGUAUCUACUUUGCAUAAUGUUUAUAGAGAUUUUUCUGAAGUUGUGAAGGAUUUACUGAAAGCUCUGAUGCUGUUGAAUUCAAGUUUUCAUUGUAUUUGAAAAUAGUUAUGUGCAUAUUGAAGUACAGGUUGGAAUUAAAAUUAAUGAUAC